CCGAAUUAUCGCCCGCCGCCUACAUUCCACAGGGCGAUUUCCUGCGGUCGCCGCUUCAUCGUGGGGAGGCCGCUGCCUGUGUUUCAUCGAAGGGGAAGAAGCAGAGAGGAGGCUCCAUUGUUGUGUCUGAGAGCAGUAGUGAAGGAGAUAUCUGGUGAGCGAGUGACACCCAGUAACUGCCCCUGGGUGUCCGGAAGACUAAGGAGGACCCGGAGCCCAAGUGCCUUCACCUCACUAAAGGACACAAGAGACGAUGAGCAGAAGAUCCUGGAACUCACCAACAAGAUCAUUCAGCUGCUGACUGGCGAGGAGUGGGAUUAUAUAGAGGACACAGGGUCUGUACAAGGACGUGAUGAUGGAGGAUCAUCGGCCCCUCACUUCACUGGAAGUACUCGGUAACAGAGAUACCCCAGGGAGAUGUCCUCAUCCUCUCUUCUCCCAGGACUGUACAGAGGAGAAUUAUAGGACCCCACAGGAGGAUCAGGGUGAAAACCCAACUGAUAUCAAGGCAGAAGAUAUGAAGGAAGAAGAAGAGACAUAUGUGAGCGGUGAUCAGCAGUGUAAGGAGGAGGAAAUCCCUACAGAUAUCAGCACAGAUGGAGCCAGUAACAGAGAUACCCCAGAGAAAUGUCCCCAUCCUCUUUGUUCCCAGGACUGUACAGAGGAGAAUCACAGGAUCCCACAGGAGGAUCAGGGUGAGGGUCUGGCUGAUAUUAAGAUAGAAGAUAUGAAGGAAGAAGAAGAGACAUAUGUGAGGGGUGUUCAGCAGUGUAAGGAGGAGGAAAUCCCUACAGAUAUCAGCACAGCAGGUGCACACAAAAGAAGGAAGAUAUCGGAGGGACAUCUCAUUUUAUCUGCAGAUUUUAAACUAGAAAAUAACAUCAUAGGAGAUUCUCCAGGAGAAACCCCCAUUACCCUAAAUAUACAUCCAGUACAUCACAGUGCAGAUAUAUCUUCUCAUCCCUCUAAUGAUGUGGACUGCUCUACUGAUAAGUCAGAUAUUGUUACACAUAGUACAGCUCAUACAGGUGAUAUAGAUUUUUCCUGUUCUGAGUGUGGGAAGCAUUUCGGAUAUAAAUCAGCUCUUGUUGCACAUGAGAGAUGUCACACAGGUGAGAAACCAUUUCCAUGUUCUGAGUGUGGGAAAUGUUUUACACUGAAAUCAGUUCUUGUGACACAUCAGAGAAUUCACACAGGUGAGAGGCCAUUUUCAUGUUCUGAGUGUGAGAAAUGUUUUAAACAGAAAUCAGAACUUGUUAUACAUAAGAGACUUCACGUAGGUGAGAAGCCGUUUUCAUGUACCGAGUGUGGAAAAUGUUUUGUUGCUAAAGCACGUCUUCUUAGACAUCAGGGAAGUCACACAGGUGAGAAACCAUUUCCAUGUUCUGAGUGUGGGAAAUGUUUUAGAGAUAAAUCUGCUCUUGCUGUACAUCAGAGAAGACACACGGGUGAGAAGCCAUUUCCAUGCUCUGAGUGUUCUAAAUGUUUUAGGCAAAAAUCGCUACUAAUUUAUCAUCAAAAAAAGCAUGCAGGUGAGGAGCCAUUCCAGUGCUCUGAGUGUGGGAAAUGUUUUACACAGAAAUCAGCUCUUGUUUCACAUCAGAGAAGUCACACAAGUGAGAAUCCAUUCCAGUGCUCUGAGUGUGGGAAAAGUUUUACACAGAAAUCAGCUCUUGUUUCACAUCAGAGAAGUCACACAGGUGAGAAUCCAUUCCAGUGCUCUGAGUGUGGGAAAAGUUUUACACAGAAAUCAGCUCUUGUUGUACAUCAGAGAAGUCACACAGGUGAGAGACCAUUUCUAUGUUCAGAUUGCGGAAAAUGUUUUAUACAAAAAUCACAACUUAUGAAUCAUCAAAGAAAGCACACAGGUGAGAAGCCAUUUACAUGUACCGAGUGUGGAAAAUGUUGUACGCAAAAAUCGGACCUUGUUUCACAUCAGAGAAUUCACACAGGGGAGAAGCCAUAUUCUUGUUUUGAGUGUGGGAAACUUUUUGGACAUAAAUCAGCUCUUGUUAUACAUCAGAGAACUCACACAGAGGAAAAGCCGUAUUGUUUAGAGUGUGGGAAAUGUUUUACACAGAAAUCCAGUCUUGUUACACAUCAGAGAAUUCACACAGGGAAGAGCCCAUUUCCAUGCUCUGAGUGUGAGAAAUGUUUUGCAUAUAAAUCAGCUCUUGUUACACACCAGAGAAGUCACACAGGGGAGAAGCCGUUUUCCUGUUCUGCGUGUGGGAAAUGUUUUACACAGAAAGCCAGUCUUGUUACACAUCAGAGAACUCACACAGCGAAAAGCUCAUUUCCAUGCCCCGAGUGUGAGAAAUGUUUUGCAUAUAAAUCAACUCUUGUUAAACAUCAGAGAACUCACACAGGUGAGAAGCCAUUUUGCUGAUGAGUGUGGGAAAUGUUUUACACAAAAACAACUCUUGUAAGACAUUAGAAAUCUCAUUAGGAGAAAAUUAAAUUUUUAUGAGUUGAUAUAUGCAACUGUCACAUGGACACUAACUAUUGUAAAAGAUGUUGAUAGUAAUGUAAAUUAUAAACAUUAACAAACUGUAUAUCUGAUGGCUUGAUGACAUCACUGAGUUAUGUCACAUAAUCCAAACAUUGUAAUCACUAUCCACAGACACACGUGGAAUUAAUGUAGAUCAUCAACAAAAGCCUGGAGAACAGAACACUGAACUUAUUGCAGUUUCCUAAUUCUAUUGCAGAGCCGAAUCACUCUCCACAGUAAUUAUAGACCAAGGGCCUAAUUCAGUUGCUGUGAAAUCACAAACGGACGCUUUUUAGCCAGCUGCGCAUGUGCAGAGUACGCAGCGCGUGUGUGCGGGCAUUCACAUAGCGAUCGCAUCCCAGAAGGAUAUCACUAUGUGAUUGACAGAUAGCGAACGUUCGGGGGCAUCGACAUGGCUUUGAUGGGCAGGGCACAAGAAAGGCAGGCGUGUCAUGUCCGUUUUCAGGGCGGCCCGAUGAUGUCACCUGCGUUUCCUGUGAUCAGAAACAUGGCGCCCUUUGCAGCCUGGCUGCGCAGGCAUGGGGCUACCCUUAUUCUUUUGAUUUCUGCGAUGCAAUUGCAAUUAUAUUGUGAGCACAGCGCAGGGCAGCGUUUUUCAUCCUGGGCGGCCCCCAGGAUGAGAUUUUUGCGAUUUAGCAAAAACUUCUGCUGGUGCUGAAUAAGUCUAAGUCUCCAUCUGUUAUGGGCUUAGUAUAUGGUCUUUUUCAUGAAAAUGAGAACAAAUCUCCCAUAUGAGACACUGUAAAAAAAAAUCUGUUUAUCGAGUUUUCAACAUAGGUUGACAAGUUUAAAUUAUAGCUCUUUCUCAUAAAAAAAUAACAGGCUCUUUAUAUGGAGUUGAGCUGACUUAUAAAGUAGAAAGUUUAGUUUACAAAACAUUGGUGGACUUUGCUUGUCACAUGUACAUGACCAUUAAUUUUUUUAUUUAUGGGGCAGAUGUAUUAAGCCUGGAGAAGUGAUAACGUGGAAGGUGAUAACGCAUCAAUCAUCUCUUAACUGUCAAGUUACUGCCUCGGUUUGAAAAAUGAUAGGAGCUGAUUGGUUGGUGCGUUAUCUUCCACUUUAUCACUGCUCCAGGCUUAAUACAUCUGCCCCUGUGUUUUGUUUGUUAUAACGGAGAAAUAUAUUUUUUGGUUUACCUAAAAAAUAAACCUAGUUAGGCAUUGUGAUAUUACAUCCAUCUUUAGAAAAAAACUUUCUCGUGUUGUUUUAAAAAAAAUUGUUAUGUUAAAACUUGUACAAAUGUCCCGUAUGUGACAGUGGAAUGGCCUAUAUGUCAACACCAUAAUGUCGACGCAUUCAGAAUGUUGCAUGGCUACAGUUCUGCUAAAGGCAAAUCCUAAGCCAAAUUUCAGCAUGUCAAUAUUUUGACUGUCGACAUUCAUAUCUCUAAUUUUAUAGAGGUUCCUAAGUAUUAUACAAACCCAGAAAUAAGAUGGAGUUAUAACGUGGGUCUGAGGGCACUUAUUACAUUGAAGUUGUGAAAUGGUUCAUAUAAUAACCUCUGCAAUCUGUUGCAAUUAAUGGGAAGCAUUUAACAUGCUGUAAACGAGUAGGCCUACAGUGAAUUGCAAUUUUGUGGCUACUAUUCUACAGACGUGCCAGUUUUAUACAGGUAUGUGCAUGGGUAAAAAUGUUUUCUCUUUAUGAGGGGAUCUAAGUGGAUCUAGCCUCCAUGUUGGUUUUUCUGGUUAGUGGGUGUCUGCAGGACCCUUCCCCCUGCAAAAUGACUAGGAUUUAACAUUUGCUUAGAGUUGGUCAGGCCUCGGCCUGUAUAUGUAAAUAGGAUGCGUUUUUUACCUUCCUGGCGCAUUUUAUAUAUUAAAAAAAAUGUGGGUGUCAGAGGUUUGUGAAAGUUUUUUAUGGUGAGA